AUGAUCACAGCUGCAGAGUACGGAGAAACAUCAUGGGAGCUGUCGGUGCAGAUCGAUCAAAAAGAUGGAGAUGAGUCCAUGAAAUUUAAGCUGAGGGUGAAGGGAGACUUGCACAUCGGAGGCCUCAUGCUUAAGCUGGUGGAGAAGAUCAAGGCUCCUCAGGACUGGUCAGACCACGCCCUGUGGUGGGAACAGAGGAACUGCUGGCUGCUCAAAACCCAUUGGACCUUGGACAAGUAUGGAAUUCAGGCUGACGCUGACCUGCGCUACACACCCCAGCACAAACCCCUACUGCUGCAGCUCCCCAAUAUGAAAACCAUCAAAAUAACUGUCAGCUUCUCCAGUGUGGUCUUCAAGGCGGUGGCGGAGAUCUGUCAAAUGCUCAACAUCAGACAUGCAGAGGAACUGUCCCUGCUGAAGCCUCCAGACGAUCCUUCUAAAAAGAAGAAGAAGAAAGACAAGAACUCAGCACACGAGGACCUCUGGGACAUCGACUUGUUUAGCGGGGGCCCAGCAGGCACAGGCCCCAUGUUCAGUAAGACCAUGACAGCCACCUACGACCCAGAGAACGGGAUGCCGAUGUCUGCGACAAGCCUUUGGUUUGGAGAGAACCCUCUAGCAGACUCCCAGCCGAACCUGCCGCCUGCUGAACUGGCCAAGAUGUACCAGCCGCUCUCGCUAGUGGACAAAGCGGUUAACAAUGCAGGGUGGUUGGACUCGUCUCGUUCUCUUAUGGAGCAAGACAUUCAAUAUGAAGAUAAGCUCCUGCUUCGCUUCAAGUACAACGUCUUCUUUGACCUCAAUCCCAAAUACGACGCUGUCAGAAUAACCCAGCUGUAUGAACAAGCUCGCUGGUCCAUCCUGCUGGAGGAGAUAGACUGCACUGAGGAGGAGAUGCUGAUGUUUGCUUCAUUACAGUAUCACAUUUGUAAACUGACCAUGUCAAGUGAACCACUGGACAACUCCAACGAACCAGAAAUAGAUGAAGUAGAGGCGGCCCUGUCCAACCUGGAGGUGACGCUUGAAGGCAGACACACAGACCGAAUUCUGGAAGACAUUACAGACAUUCCAGAGCUGGCAGAUUCCCUCCGGCUGUUUAGGCCCAAAAGACUAACGCUGCGGCCGUACAAAGAGUACUGGUUUGUGUUCAAGGACACCACUAUUUCCUACUACAAGAACAAGGAGACUGCCAGUGGAGAACCCAUCGAGCAGUUUCACCUCCGAGGUUGCGAGGUUGUCCCCGAUGUCAAUGUGACAGACAAGAAGUUCGGCAUCAAGCUCCUGCUCCCAGUUGCUGACGGGAUGAAUGAGGUGUACAUCCGAUGUGACAAUGAAACGCAGUACGCCAAGUGGAAAGCUGCAUGUAUCCUUGCCUCCAAGGGCAAGACAAUGGCCUACAGCUCCUACAAGUCAGAAGUAAGGAACAUCCAGUCCUUCCUGCAGAUGAAGAGCCUGGCGCCCCCUCCUGGUCAGGCAGCUCCGGAUCUCGAUGCCAUGGAGAUGAAUGCCGAAUGUUUUUUCUCCCCACGCUACACCAAGAGGCACAAGACCAAACAGCUAACUGCACGAAUCCUGGAGGCCCAUCAGAACAUAGCACGGCUGUCCCUAAUGGAGGCGAAGAUGCGCUUUAUCCAGGCCUGGCAGUCGCUUCCAGAGUUUGGUAUCAACUACUACAUCGUCAGAUUCAAAGGCAGUAAGAAGGAUGAGAUUCUGGGGAUCUCCUACAACCGUAUGAUCCGUAUCGACAUGUCGACCUGUCUGCCCGUCACCACAUGGAGGUUUGCCAACAUGAAGCAGUGGAACGUUAACUGGGAGAUAAGACAGGUGUCCAUAGAGUUCGACCAGAGUGUGUCAAUAGCUUUCUGCUGUUUGAGCUGUGACUGCAAGGUGGUCCAUGAGUUCAUCGGCGGCUACAUCUUCCUGUCCACGAGAUCAAAAGACCAGAACGAGACGCUAGAUGAAGACCUGUUCCAUAAACUGACCGGGGGACAAGAAUGAGGAAACCUGUGCUUCUUAUCUGUUGUUUCUUUCUGUAUGUUACAAUGUGAAAGUGCAGCAGUCAUCUUCUGUAGCAUGGGUAACCCUACACACUGUGCAAGUCACUGCUAAAGAAAAUGUAACAUGGUACACUGUAAAUUGAGUAUUUUCAGUCACAGAACAACAGUAGAAUCCACUUUUUGUCGUCAUAUAUCCUGCUGUGAACAGUUCUAGCAAUGUAUCAUGCACUAUAGAAAUAGUGGUGUUGAUGUAAAUAUGUAGUCAAGAUUCUCUCAAAAAUCAGAUGCAUUGAUAUUUGUAAGAAUUAAGCUUUUUUUUAGGUGAGGAGACGUCCUCGUUUCUAACAGGAAAAACAUUUUGUAAAAAAAAAAAGAAAUCAUUAAAGGGUUUUUUGUAUUUCACAA